UCGAAGCGUGUGCGGCUUAUGUUUACGAUUUUAUUUCGGGUUCGAUUUUGUAUAAUUUAUAAUUUGGCAAAGAAAAGCAUAAUUGGUUGUAAAAAAUAUAUAAUAAGAUACCUUUUACAUAUAAUACAUAUUUUCAAAAUGAGUGAAGAUAAGGCAAAGUUAAAAGCUCUCGUCGCCGAGCGGGGAUAUAUCAAGGGGACUUUGUCACGGCUAAACAACUUUUGCCACGAUGCUGAUGCAAUGGCGGCUACCUCGCGUGAGGCCUUACGUGAAAAACGUCUUCGCAUAUCGGAGGCUUUUCAAGAAUAUAUGCAGUUAAACAAGGCGAUUUUAGUGCUGGCCGACGAGGACGCUGAAAAUUACGGCGAAUAUGAGGACAAAUAUUACGAGUCUGUUGGGCUGCUUGAUAAGGCCUGCUCGGGUUCACAAACCGAGGCCAAACCGAAUGGCGGUGAGAAUUCUAACCCAGGUACGUUUAAAAACCUUCCAAAAAUUAAUUUACCCAAUUUUAAUGGGGAGAAAGUGGUAGAAUAUUAUCCUUUCAUUAACAUGUUUCGUUCUGUGAUUCACACAGACAAAAAAUUAAGUUCAUGCGAAAAACUUUAUUACUUACGCUCUUAUUUGAGUGGGGAAGCCUUAGAGCUUAUAAGAAAUUUACCUUUAACCGACGAUAAUUACGUCACAGCUGUCAAACUCUUAGAAAAGAGGUAUGACAAUACCCCUAAAAUUAUUAAUUAUCAUGUGGACAGCUUACUGGAUUUGCCUGCUUUUACUAAAUGCACUGCACACAACCUGCGUUCCCUCAUUAGCACUGUUAAUGUUAACAUGGAAGCCUUAAAAAACUUAAAACAGCCAGUGGAGCAUUGGGAUAUACUUCUCAUUAACAUAUUAGCUAAAAAGAUUGACACCUAUACUUACCGGGGUUUCCACCUUGAGAGAAAUGCUAGAGAAGUUCCCACACUAUCUGAAUUUCUUGAUUAUUUAGAGAAGCGUGCAUUGGCACUGGAAAACACCUCUGAGGAGAAGCAGCCAUCAUUUACUGCUAAGUCUACGCGAGCUCCUAAAGUCAGUGGGGUAGCGGCAGCAGAGAAGCCUCAGCCAGCAUGUCUUGCAGCGUGAAUCGCUGCCCCUCACGCCGUCUGGGCCGUUUUUAAUUAACACCUGCUUCGGAUAUGUUGUCGCCGGGACUUUACCAGUUUCAUCUGGCAAGAUUUAUUCUUCUAAUCACUGUAUUAAUAUUAAAGUAAGUGAACCCGUGCAUACAUACCUAUCAGGGCAGGCAGCAAAAACAAAUUUAAUAUCUGACUUGUCUGAACCUCAAAAUGAUAAUUCAUUAUUAACACAAUGUGAUCAAGAUGCUUUAUUAUUUGAUUUAAAUAAUAAUAUUAAUAAUUUCUGGCAAUGUGAAAAGGUACCUAAUGUUUUCAAGGAGGGGUCAACAGAGUUUCAGUUAGCAGAGGAAUGCUUUAGGUCUUCUGUAAAGUUAAUUAACAAACGCUUUUCUGUGGCUUUGCCUCUUAAAUUAGAUUUGGAAAAUAUACAAUUAGGGGAUAGUUUCUCUUAUGCUCUGCAUAGAUUGUAUAAUUUAGAAAAACGUUUCGUGAAAGAUGACACAUUAUGUCAGCAAUACAAAAAAUUCAUACAAGAUUAUUUGGAUGAAAAUCAUGCCACUUAUUAUGACAUUAACAACUAUAAUUUAGAUGCAGGUAACAUAUAUUUCCUUCCACAUCACCCAGUAUUGAACCCGAAUAGUAAAACGACUCCCGUGCGAGCCGUAUUUGACGCGAGCAUGAAAACGAAGCGCGGUUUAUGUUUAAAUGAUAUAAUGCUCAACGGAGAUGUUGUCCAAAGUGAAUUGUUUGAUAUAUUGGUGUUAUUAAGAACUUAUAGGUAUAUUUUACUAUGUGAUGUGAAAGCUAUGUACAGGCAAAUACUUGUUGAUGAACCAUUCUGUUGUUUGCAGAAUAUAUUAUGGCGGAAUUCUUGUAAUGAUCCAGUACAAUGUAUACAGUUAAAAACUGUUACAUAUGGUUUAAAAAGUUCGGCAUUUCUAGCUACUCGCUGUUUGAUGGAACUAGCUAAUAAUUUCGAAAAUGAAUAUCCAUUAGCAUCCUUUGUUUUAAAACAUUCUAGUUACAUGGAUGAUAUUCAAUGUGGUAGCCAGGAUAUUUCUGAGUUAUGUCGUAUCAAGGACGAAUUAGUUAAACUUAUGAGCGAGGCGAGUUUCUCCCUGCAUAAGUGGUUUUCAAACUGUCCAGAAAUAUUGAAAGAUAUUCCAUUAGAAUUGCAAUAUUUAGGUAAUCGUGAUUUAAAGGAAAAUGGUAAUGUAUGUAUGAAAACUCUAGGUUUAUCCUAUGAUGUGUCUACUGAUGCCUUAUCUAUGCGUUGUCCUCAAGCUGAAAUCCUUGAGAGAUACACCAAGAGACAAGUUCUCAGCUUUAUAAGCCAAUUUUUUGAUCCGUUAGGUCUAAUAGGUCCAGUGAUAGUGCAAGCUAAGCACUUCAUGCAAAAGGUGUGGUUUUUAGAUCUAAAAUGGGAUGAUUAUUUACCUGAUACGCUAAAUACGGAAUGGGUCGACUUUGCUACUGCUUUGGUAAAAAUGUCUUCUAUUGAUGUACCUAGAAAUAUUAAUGUGUUUUCCUCGCAAUCGUUGGAGUUAGUAGGUUAUACUGACGCUUCUGAUAUUGCAUACGGGUGCUGUUUGUAUAUAAGAGUUGUUGAUGACAACAAAAAUGUUAAAGUUAACCUAUUGUGUUCUAAAUCUCGUAUAAACCCGAAAAAUAAGAAACUUACUACACCUAGGCUAGAAUUAAACGGUGCUUUAUUAUUGUCUAUGUUGGCUAAGAAAGUAUAUGACGUUUUAAGUCUAAAAUAUAAUGUAAAAACCUUUCUUUAUUCUGAUUCCCAGAUUGUACUUGCGUGGGUGGGUACUGAGCCUGAAAAAUUGGGUGUUUAUGUUCACAAUAGAGUGAAACAAAUACAAAAAUUUACUUCAAAUUUUCAGUGGCAUUAUGUAUGUACCAGUGAGAAUCCUGCGGAUUGUUUAUCUAGGGGCUUAUCACCUCAGUCACUCAAGUCCAAGUUGGGAGAAUUAUGGUUUAAUGGACCAGAAUAUUUACAUAGUUAUGAUUAUGUACAUUCAGAUGGUAAAGGUAAAAGUCAAGUAAUUACUAUUACAGAACUAAAAGUAGAAAAAGAAACAUGUAAUUUGUGUAAUAUCAAAAAUUCUAUGUAUGAUGUGUUAGAUAAAUAUUCUGACCUUGAAAAGCUAACCAGGAUUAUGUGUUAUGUAAACCGAUUUAUUUAUAAUUGCAAUGCAAAAAAUGUAAACAAGAAAAAGGGUA